AGUUACCAUUUUUCAAUUCGGAAGGUUGUCAAAGACUCGGCGCCCUAUAAUUGAGGAACCCAAGAAUAUCCCUUGCUGAUUUCGUUGGUCUCUGAAGAAUUCCGACACCGGCAUCAACUUCGCGGGUUCCCUUUUCCUCUGAAGUUUUUGCUGCCGGAGUCCAUCGUCUCUCAGAUAGGAAGAAGCUUCGCUUGGCUGACUCUGACUGUGUAUAUAUAAAAAGGCUUCGCGUGGGCUGUCAAUAGGCACGUUUAUUGGCAGCCCAAAGAACGACAUCAACCAAGACCCACUACAGAGAUUCUGCAUCGGUGAUUCCAAGAUUAUGGGUUCGUUGUCUGGUUUAUUUCAAAGGCCGGUUGUUGCAGCCUCUGCUGUUGCAUUAGCUUCUGUUUCUACCGAUCUUCGUGACAGAUUCUUUCCAUCUAAACCGGAUUCAUGUCCUUCAUCAGAACAAUCAAUUGGCUGUUCAUCGGAUUUAAUCAGUGAAGCAAAAUGGGCACAAAUCUCUAAUUCUGGUGUUUCAAAGCUAUCUUUUUCAACAAAGAGUCGGAUACCUGUUCCUAAUUUCAGAUACCCAACAACUCAUAUACCCAACAAGAUGGCUUCUGAUGUUGCGUUUUCUUCUGCUUUACUCAACGUGUAUAGAUCAGCUGAGUUGGCAAAAGCUCACAGGCCAAUCGAUCAUGCUCAUAGUAUCCCAACAAACACGUCUAAUGAUCUCAUUUACAGAUGGCAUUUACCACAGCCUAAUGCCAUUGGUUUAUCAGAAAACUCUAAAAUGGUGGUGGUUUUGCUUGGGUGGUUGGGUGCUAAACAGAAACAUCUCAAGAAAUAUGCAGAUUGGUAUACCUCAAAAGGGUUCCAUGUCAUCACCUUUACAUUUCCCAUGUCUGAGAUUUUAAGUUAUAAAGUUGGAGGGAAAACGGAAGAGCAUGUGAAUUCGCUUGUGAAUCAUCUUUCUGAAUGGUUGGAAGAAGAAUACGGAAAGAAUUUGGUCUUUCACACAUUCAGCAACACCGGAUGGCUAAUAUAUGGAGCUAUCUUGGAAAAGUUUCAGAUGCAAGACCUUACACUAAUGGGGCGGAUUAAGGGAUGUAUAGUCGAUUCUGCACCUGUUGCAUCCCCGGACCCACAGGUUUGGGCUUCGGGUUUCUCUGCUGCUUUUCUGAAGAAAAAUAGUAUUGCAGCAAAAGGACAUAGAAAUGAAGGUGACAUCUCUGCCAAACCAGCAAUGAGUGAAUCGGCUCUGUUGGUGGUUCUUGAGAAGUUCUUUGGCGUGGUUUUAAAUCUACCAUCAGUUAACCAGAGGCUUUCGAAUGUAUUAGUACAGCUGAAAUCCGGGCAGCCAAGCUGCCCGCAGUUGUACAUCUACAGCAGUGCGGACAAAGUGAUUCCUGCAGGGUCAGUGGAGUCUUUUAUAGAGGCACAACAGAGAACAGGGCGCGUGGUCAGGUCAUGCAACUUUAAGUCAACACCACAUGUUGACCAUUUUAGGAAUGAACCUGAGUUGUAUGCUUCUCAGCUCUCACAGUUUCUCAAAGACUGUGUGCAUACUUCUUAAAAAGUUGAUGAUGGUGUUUGACACUGACCUUGAUUCUUUUUCCUAUUCUUUGACAUGAUGAUCUAUAUGAUUUAAUUUUUAAAGUGGAAUAUAUACACGAGGGACAAUAAGUGUUGGGUUUUAAACACUUACCCUUUAACCAGAUCCUCUUACUGUAAUCCGAAUGUUACUGAAAAUAGAUGAAAUUACAAUGCUA